GGCUCCCUGGGCCAUGUGCUGCUGGGGGUAGAGGAGAGACACCAGCCUGUCUGGACCUCUGGCCUCAUCAGUGAAGCUCAGGAACUGUAAAAAGCCCAGCUUCCUAGGGCUGUGAUGAAAAUCAAACGAGGUAUCUGCGCUUCACCCACCCUUGGCACAGGAAGGCUCAGGAAAUGUCGGUCCUGCCCACUCCUCUGCAGCUCCUGGAGCAAACUAGUAGAGGCAGGCAUGCUGGGCCUGUGCGGGUGCAGAGACAUGCAAGAGCUCCAGGGAGGGAGCUGGGGCUCCCCGUCUCUCGGGGCACAAGGAGCUUCCAGAGUAGCCUGAGGAGUAAACCCUCAGGUGAAGAUCAUUCUUGCCAAAUCCUACUUCUGCAAAUAACCUGUGGGGCCAAGUGAGGAUAAGGCCACGGGAGGACACGGGCUGCUCCUACUCCAGGCUGAGGGCAGCCUCUGAUGACACAGCCACCCUCAGAUCUGCAGCUCGCCACCUGCACCAACAAAGAGUGUGCUGUUCACCAGUAUCUCACCCUCCGAAGCUAGAUCUUUCCCCAUGAGCCUCCUCCCAACACUGAAGUAACCUCUCUCCUUGGACCUUGCUGGGCCUCAAAGGCCCUGGCUGAUCUUGCUGGGACCAUGGUUGGACUGAAGCCUUCGGAAGAGCCUCCCACAACAGCGGUGAAGUUCCUUGGGGCAGGCACUGCGGCCUGUUUUGCUGACCUACUCACAUUUCCACUGGACACAGCCAAGGUCCGCUUACAGAUCCAAGGAGAGAACCCAGCAGCCCAGAGAGUGCAGUACCGCGGCGUGCUGGGCACCAUCCUGACCAUGGUGCGCACCGAGGGCCUCCGCAGCCCCUACAACGGGCUGGUGGCAGGACUGCAUCGCCAGAUGAGCUUCGCCUCCAUCCGCAUUGGCCUCUAUGACUCCGUCAAGCAGUUCUACAGCCCCACAGGAGCAGACCAUGCCAGCAUCGCUAUCCGGAUUCUUGCGGGCUGCACCACAGGGGCCAUGGCAGUAACCUGUGCCCAGCCCACAGACGUGGUGAAGAUCCGAUUUCAGGCCAGCGUACGCCUGGGGCUGGAGAGCGACAGGAAAUACAGCGGGACUAUGGACGCCUACAGAACCAUCGCCAGGGAGGAAGGGAUCAGGGGCCUGUGGAAAGGAACUUUGCCCAACAUCACAAGGAAUGCCAUUGUCAACUGUGCGGAGAUGGUGACCUAUGACAUCAUCAAGGAGAAGCUGCUGGACUCCCACCUGCUAACAGACAACUUCCCCUGCCACUUUGUCUCUGCCUUUGGAGCCGGCUUCUGUGCCACAGUGGUGGCCUCCCCAGUGGACGUGGUGAAGACCCGGUAUAUGAACUCACCCCCAGGCCAGUACCGCAGCCCCCUGCACUGUAUGCUGAGGAUGGUGGUCCAGGAGGGCCCCACAGCCUUCUACAAGGGAUUCACCCCCUCCUUUCUUCGUCUGGGAUCCUGGAAUGUGAUGAUGUUUGUAACCUAUGAGCAGAUGCAGCGGGCCUUGAUGAAAGUCCAGAUGUUGCGGGAAUCUCCAUUUUGAACAAGACCAAAAGGCCGGUCGGUACUUACCUUGCAUGAGGCCAGUCAAGAUUGGAAUAAACAGUGGACCCACACCUGCUCUGACACAAGAUUCCAGAAAUGUGCACUUAUCACUGAUUCCAGAAAUAGAACUAGGAGAACAUUCUGGUGUGCAGGGCUUUGUCUUAAGAACACUUUGUUUUGCACUGACAUGAUGGAAAAUAAAUUAUAUUAAUUUGUGAAACCCAUUGGGUUGGGUGCCUAACAUUUAGGCAAGAGAAAACAAACCAGAGCAGAUCUAUUUGAAUAAAAAGGAAGUUUGCAAGGUCAUCUUCCCAGAAAAUCAGAUGAGGCAAUCAGUUACCACCAGGAAAGUCUGCUGCCUGGGACGGAGCAGUACAGUUGGAAACCAGCUAAGAGCCUCAGGGACACCACGGGCGCAGCGCAAAGCCGGGGCUGCAGCCUUCCCAGUCAGUCUCACAGGGAUCUGCUGCCUGUUGGUAAGGAGUCAGCCAACUGGGAUUCUAGGAAGUUAAGGAACAAAAGAAAAAAAUCUGGAACCUGUGCCAAAAGAGACCUGGGCCAUUCCAGGCUGAGGCCUGCAAAGGCCCCGCCUCAGGACACUGGAAGGUCAAGAGGUGGCCUCAGUCCCCUGUCUUGUGAAAUGGGCACUAGGGUGUCAGGAGGAUCAAGUGAGAAGCUGGCCAUGAAACCACUUUAUAAAAGAAAAACUCUGGACAUAGGCAAGUAUGAGGACUAUGCCUGGGAAAGGAUUUUGUUGGGACGGAGAAGAACUGCCAGGGAGGAAGUUUUGGAAAAAUACAGUUGCCUGCUGGUACAGUGCGGUGACAGUGACAGUGGAUGACGCGGUGCUCCCUGGCUGCACCGUGUGGUGCAGAAGAGGCACUGCCUGCUGACAGCCUCAACUACAGGACUCCGAAUCUUUGGAAAAUUAUUAUGAAUAAAGGAAUUCCCACCUUAAGUGAGGGAAUAAAAACA